UAACUUGGCUUCAUGAGCGAGGGCUCACAUGAAAUAAUAACAAUAUUCCCUAACCGGCUGACCGGGCUCACACUCGCUUUUGUUUUUAAAGCGCUUUUAAUGUUAAUUUUCUGUGCACUCUUGGCUUUUUGUCGUUUCGCAUAAUUACAUUAUUUCCCCCUGUGUAUCCGGUAACCACUGAAACAAACUACGGUCGAAUUCUACGGGUGUUUCCUACUUUGCGGUGUCGUUUCACUGCGUUCACCUCGAUCUCUCCGACGGCACUUGAAGGCAGCAGCGGGAGCUCAUCUGUUGGACACCGAGAAACUAAUCAGGAGCCAAGUGAAGACUUUCCAGCCCUGUUCGCUGCGAGGCGGGCGACCGUAUGAAGUGAGCCGCCGGAGGAAUACACACGUUAGUGCUUGAAUGAAGUACACCGGCUCUUCUGUACACUUCACACCACUCGAGACAUGUUUUAGGAGCGUCGCGCUGAAAGUAGCGAGGGGGACCGGACCGCCUUUUGGCCAGCCGAAGCUCGCGGGCUAGCUCAUUAACGUUAGCCUGGGAGCGGAGCGCGAGGAGCAAAAAUGGAGCUGGACGACGUAGUCCUGUAUCAGGACGACUGCGGCAGCGCCACCAUGAUGUCCGAGCGGGUCUCCGGUCUGGCGAGCUCCAUAUACCGCGAGUUCGAGCGGCUCAUCGAGCGCUACGGCGAGGACGUGGUGAAGCAGCUGAUGCCGCUGGUGGUCGCCGUGCUGGAGAACCUGGACUCGGUGUUCGCCGUCAACCAGGAGCACGAAGUGGAGCUCGAGCUGCUGCGCGAGGACAACGAGCAGCUCGUGACCCAGUACGAGCGCGAGAAGGCGCUGAGGAAGCACACGGAGGAGAGGUACAUCGCCUUGGAGGACUCCCAGGACGGCGAGAAGAAGGAUCUCCAGAGUCGACUGGUGGUGUUGGAGUCACACACGCGUCAGCUAGAGCUGAAGACGAAAAACUAUGCGGAUCAGAUUGUCAGAUUGGACGAGAGAGAAGCGGAGCUCAAGAAGGAAUAUAACGGCCUUCAUCAGAGGCACACCGAGAUGAUCCACAGCUACAUGGAGCACCUGGAGCGGACGAAGCACCAACAUGCCGUCGCAGCAGCAGCAGAGCCCUCGGAGGCCGGCGCACCGGCCAGAACACGAAAGGAGCGUCCCAUCUCCAUGGGCAUCUUCCAGCUUCCCGGGACUGAUGGUGUGACCUCUGACCUCCCGAGGGAACCUGUGGACACCCCUUCUGAGCCGUGGAGAUUCAACAACCUCAGCCACCCGCGGUCCAACGCCAGCCUCAAGGAUGAAAUGUCCGGUUUCAGCCGCGGAGGAUCUAAGUCCAGUACUCCAACCAAACAGGGAAGUGUCUCCAAAGGUGGGACCCCUGUGUCCUCACAAGGUGGAGGGUGCAAAUCCAACACCUCCACGCCCUCUCAGGGGGGCACCCCUCAAUCGAACACCCCCACGUCUGCACACGGCACUAACUCUCAGGCCACCGUGACGCUAUCCCCCUGUGACGGAGCGUCCGCGGGAAUGAGUCCGCCGUCCAUCCUGGGUGGAGGGCCUGCCUCCCUCACUGUCCCGUCCACCGCUGCCGUAAAUGUUGCCGCGGGGUCUACGGAACAGGAAGUUUCCCACGGGCCCAACGAGAACCUGGACCAGAACCUGGACCAGAACCGAGGACAGCCAGAGAGCAGUAAAAACUUUGCGGCAGUGCAGGAGGGACAGCAGAGCCAGCUUGGACCUGAUGGUCAGGACCUUUACAACAGAUAUGAAGCAGACCAACGGGAGAAGUCUGAGGUGCAGGCCAUCAUAGAGUCCACCCCUGAGCUGGAUAUGGACCUCGAUGGUUUCAGAGGAGCAAGCACGCCAACAAAAGGUGGCAUAGAGAAUCUUGCGUUCGACCGCAACACUGACUCUCUGUUCGCGGAGCUGUCCUCCGCAGGCAACGACCUGAUAGGAGACAUGGACGAAGGAGCCGACAUGCUGGGUAUGGGUCGGGAGGUUGAACACCUCAUCCAUGAGAACGCCCAGCUGCUGGAGACCAAAAAUGCUUUGAACGUGGUGAAAAACGACCUGAUCGCACAAAUGGACGAGCUGUCUUGUGAGAAGGAGGUCCUGCGCAGUGAGCUGGAUGCCGUCACGCAGGCCAAGUCCCGACUGGAGGACAAGAACAAAGAAUUGGAAGACGAACUCAAGAAGACUCGAGCGGAGUUUGAGGACGCCAAACACAAGGUCAAGAAUGACAACGAGGAUGAUAGCGACGUGCCGACGGCACAGAGGAAGCGCUUCACCAGGGUGGAGAUGGCCAGGGUCCUGAUGGAGAGGAACCAGUACAAGGAGAGGCUGAUGGAGCUGCAGGAGGCGGUCAGAUGGACAGAGAUGAUCCGGGCUUCAAAGGAGAACCCAGCUCUUCCAGAGAAGAAGAAAUCCAGCCUCUGGCAGUUUUUCAGCCGUUUGUUCAGCUCGUCGGGCGCGGCGGCCAAGAAGCCGGCGUUGGAGGCGCCGGUGAACGUCAAGUACAAUGCGCCCACCUCUCAGAUUCAGCCGUCCGUCAAGAAGAGGAGCACCACCCUGCAGCAGCUGCCCAGUGACAAGAGCAAAGCCUUUGAUUUCCUCAAUGAGGAAGUGGCCGCUGAUAACGUGGUGUCCAGGCGGGAGCAGAAGAGGGCCCAGUACCAGCAGGUCAAAGCCCACGUUCAGAAGGAGGACGGCAGAGUGCAGGCUUACGGCUGGAGUCUGCCCAAGAAAUACAAAUCCAACGGUGGUCAGACGGAGAGUAAGGUGAAGAACCUGCCUGUUCCCGUCUUCCUCAGACCACUGGAUGAGAAAGAUGCUUCCAUGAAGCUGUGGUGUGCUGCUGGCGUGAACCUCUCCGGAGGUAAAACCAGAGACGGCGGGUCCAUCGUAGGGGCCAGCGUGUUUUACAACGACGUGCCUGGACCAGAGAGCCCUAAGAAGAAACUAGGAUCUCAGAGCAGCCUGGAUGAACUGGAUCAAGACCUCAAGGAGCAGCAGAAGGAGUUGCGGCAGCACGACGAGUUGUCGUCGCUGGUUUGGAUCUGCACCAGCACCGAGUCCACCACCAAGGCCGUGGUCGUCGACGCCAACCAGGCCGGAAACAUCCUGGAGAGCUUCUUUGUGUGCAACUCCCACGUCCUCUGCAUCGCCAGUGUUCCAGGCGCAAGAGAGACGGACUACCCAGCUGGUGAGGAAGUCGCUCCGAGCGCCGAGGCGGGACCAGCGGCGGACGGCGGCUCGCCGCCGGCCGAGAGCAGCUCGUCGUGCGGCGACGGCGUGCUCGGAGGCAUCACCGUCGUGGGCUGCGACGCCGAGGGAGCAGCAGCCGUUCCUCAGACAGCAGUCAGUCUGGGAGAAGACGGAGAAAGUGAAUCCCGACCAGCAGAGGAAGCCACCGAGGCGACGGAGGCCAGCGCAGGGCCUGCUGACCAAAGAGAGAGCCGGAGGGGCGUCUACACGGAACACGUCUUCACUGAUCCGCUGGGAGCUCAACAGACGGCAGAGGCUCCAGCCAACUACUCUCAGAGGCAGAGUGAUCUGUUGAAAGACGGCGUGAGCUCCGACCCCACCGCGGAGGAGCAGGACCUGAUGAGAGAGGAGGCUCAGAAGAUGAGCAGCGUUCUGCCCACCAUGUGGCUCGGGACCCAGAACGGAUGCGUGUACGUCCACUCCUCUGUGGCCCAGUGGAAGAAGUGUCUGCAUUCGAUAAAGCUGAAGGACUCGGUGCUGGGCAUAGUGCACGUGAAAGGCCGCGUACUGGUGGGUCUCUCUGACGGCACUUUGGCCAUUUUCCACAGAGGAGUGGACGGACAGUGGGAUCUGACCAACUACCAUCUGUUAGACUUGGGGAGGCCCCACCACGCCAUCCGCUGCAUGACUAUAGUACACGACAAGGUGUGGUGUGGUUACAGGAACAAGAUCUAUGUGGUGCAGCCCAAAGCCAUGAAGAUGGAGAAGUCGUUUGACGCCCACCCUCGUAAGGACAGCCAGGUCCGUCAGCUGGCCUGGGAUGGCGACGGCAUCUGGGUGUCCAUCAGACUGGACUCCACUCUCAGGCUGUUCCACGCUCACACCUUCCAGCACCUCCAGGACGUCGACAUCGAGCCCUACGUCAGCAAGAUGCUGGGUACGGGGAAACUAGGCUUCUCAUUUGUGAGGAUCACAGCACUCAUGGUGUCAAGUAACCGCCUGUGGAUCGGCACUGGAAACGGAGUCAUCCUCUCCAUCCCUUUAACAGAGACAGCGAACGAGGUAACCAAGGCGGCGGCGAGCAACCUUCCAGGAAGCGUGGUCCGCGUCUACGGCGACGACAGCAGUGACAAAGUCACAGCCGGGACGUUCGUCCCGUACUGCUCCAUGGCUCACGCUCAGCUCUGUUUCCACGGUCACAGGGAUGCCGUCAAGUUCUUUACCGCCGUCCCAGGUCACGCAGCUCCACCGGCGUCCUGCGGAGUCGAGGCAGCGGGCGACAAGGCGACAGAUGCCGCAACUCAGGAAGGAACCAAGUCCGUGCUGGUGAUGAGCGGAGGCGAAGGCUACAUCGACUUCAGGAUGGGCGACGAGGCUGGAGAGGCGGAGGAGGGCGAGCAGCCCCCCAUGAAGCUGCAGCCCUUCCUGGCUAAAGCCGAGCGCAGCCACCUCAUCGUCUGGCAGGUCCUCGCCAGCGAGGGCUGAACUCUGACCUCGGGACCCCUUGAGGCCCGAUUUGCCUUUUCUCUCAAACCGGCAGUUUCCCUCUGCAGACGGGAGUUUAAUCAGCACUUUGUGUCCCCUUCUUUUUCUUCCUGAACAAUAAGAGUGAAACUGCUCCGAGAGCGUUCUCGUGGUGGACUGGAGCAGUGCAAACGGAUUCACACAAACUGCAUGUUAUUAGUUUUAGUUUUUUCUUAUUUGUUCCUUUAAAUGUCUGUUAUCGUGCCUCUUCUCUCUCUAAUAUUAUUUGAGGUAAAGCUGUUAUUGCAAACAGAACUUUUUGUUAUAUAUUUACUCAGCAAAUUCAAUGAGUUUUCUUCCUGAACUCAGUUCAGUUGUGCGCUGGUGUCAGUCGGUCAAACGGAAUAAUCACCUGUGAGCUCCCCUUUUUGCUUUUUGAUGAAUCCCAAAUCCUAUUUAAUGUCGUUGUUUUUUUGUUUUUUUUCUCAUCCUUUGAUAACUUGGCUUUUGAUUGUAUGCAAGACGAAUUGAAUUGAUUGCCGGUUGUCUCCUGGUCAAAUGCAAUACAUCAGCUUCAUCGGGUUAGAUGGCCCCGCCUUGAGCGGAAAAUAUUCAAGAUGCAAGUCCCAGUUUAUGCCUCUCAUGCCAGCUUUACUAUUUGCAUUCCAGUCACAAAGCAUCCAGUAUUCUGAAGCAUAAAUGUUCUGAUUUAAAAACCCAGUAGCCGACUCACUCUUACCUCUGUGCGGAUGGUAUUCCCAGAACCAUUUGAUUGGAAAACGUUUUCCAUCUGCUGCACGAUAGAAGAAAGACGCUUGACCUUCAGAACAGCAGGAAGCUACAAAACGACGUCCUCGUUUUGUAGCAGCGCGGCUCUAUGGUGUCGCUGUGAGCCUUCGCCAUGUUGAGAGCCAUUUAGAGGCAAUCGAAAUGCUGCCAACCUCGUAUCCUCGCACCUUUUUACCUUUUGACUUUUCAUCCAGCAUCAUCGGGUCAACCUCUUUACAUUUGUCAAAUACUUUUGUUUAUGACCAAAUGGCUGCAUGAAUAUAAUUCCAUAUAUAAUUAGGGCUAAUUAACAAACGUUGGCAUGCUAAACUGGGCUCUGUGAUUCGAAUGUAUUGGUGAUACAUUAGAGGCUCAAACUGGAGCCUGAGUAACUUGGUGACGGUCAACGUCCCAUUCACAUGAAUAAUGACCUGAAAAGCUGCUGCACACGCUGUCGCGCCCUUCCUUGACGUUGGUUUUGGUUCCACUGACUUGUGUUUAAUCCAAUAUAACACGAGGACGCUGUCGGCGCUCUGCUCUCAAUCCACAAAGACGCUUUAAUAAAAGGUGUCGGGGCUGGAAGAGACUUGAUGUACUCGGCUCUUCAAUCUUCAAGUGUGACAAAAGUAUUUAUUUUUCCUUAAAAGAAUGUCGCUGCUCUUGCUACCAAAGUGUAAAGAAUUAAAGACGGCUGGUUUUUGCACGUGCUCAAACGAUAAUAAGCGUCUCGCCUCAUGUGGAGCAGCAUGUUUGAGUCUGCCUCUGUGCAGAUGAAACGCUUUUAUAACGGAAAUCCCGGCAUAUAGAUGAGAUAUAUUUUUAGACUUUCAUAUUUUGGAAUUGACGUAUUUUCAGGGUUUGUGAGAGAAGAGCUGGACCCGUUACUAAGAGAGGAUAGAACAAGCCGCCACGCGUGAGGAUUACGUAACCCACCCCCACCACCCCUAUUAAUCCUUAUCUCGACAUUUAGAGGUCAGAAUUCUAACAUUGACAUUUUUGUUUUUGCAGCGCUGCCCCCUUUAAGCAAGAACAUGUUCAUCUGAAGUUAUCCUGUUUUAUAUGUUCAUCCUGAUGUUUUAAGUCUAUUUUUCUGAACUUUUUAUUUUUUUUAUGUUCGUUUUAUGUUAGACAAGACGUUAAUUUGGGUGUAAAAUGAGAAUACAAUUCUGGCCUGUGUGUGUGUCCUCUCCAAGAGAGGAGUGAAACGUUGCAUUUUAGCCAUUUCAGUAUUUAUUUACAUUGAUUGAGCCUUUGCAAUUCAGAAUGUAUCUUUGUACAUUGAAUAUUAAUGAAUAUAUAUAUAUAUAUAUAUGAUUAUAUAUGUAUGGAACAUGAAAUUGCUUGGGUUUAUUGUUUAAAUCAUAUGAAUUUCUUUUGUGGGGGGUAACCUUACUCAGCUAUGCACUGUUUGGGGGUUGCUUCACAAUGUUUUUUUGUAUUUAAACCAAGUAGAAACCCGGCGGCCUGUCCUGAGCCUGACACCCUCUGCUCCACAGGUCUGUCAGCCCUCUCAUCUGCGCGCGUGUGUGUGUGUGUGUUUCUUUAACUUUGAGGUCCACACACACACACCCAGACACACCAUCUUGUACUCCUUCCGCAUCGCCGGCCUUACGUAUUUCUAAUGGUCACAUUAAAGCAGCUUUUGUGGGCGAGCUUCGUCUGCUUGUAAUGUUUCAUUUGUCAGCGACACGCCGCUCGUCUUGAGGAUGGAAGCUGAAGUUUACAGAUGUUUGUCGUUGACUUCGACCACAGUAAACUCCAGUGAAACGACACCAAACCAGGUUUAUUAUCAGUUCCAUAAAUGGGUUACAACAACUUUAGUAAUUAAUUAAAGUAAAUUCAACUUU